UCCAAAGCUUCUCGAAAUACGCAUGCUCAAACAGCUGAAAAACAAGAAAUCUUGAUGAUAAAGGGAAAAUUUCUAGAUGCCUUAGUUUUAUUAAUUUAAGUUUAUAUCGGUGGAUAUUGCUGAAACCUUUGAAGAUGUAAAUCUUGCUUAUAUAACAGAUAUGAAUUAGGAAAAGCCAGAUUAACUGAACUACAUAAUUCGGAUUCAAAGAAUAUCUGUUUUGUGGACCUUCAAAAAUUGACAAUCUGGAUCGUGAAGCGUCAUCCGCUCCGGAACACUCCGGGAGGAUAUCCAUCUCUGGACGGGUGGCCACGCCCCCUCCUCCAGAGAUGACAUGUCCAGUGGCUGAGAACUGGUGUUAUACACAGGUGAAAGUUGUCAAGUUUUCCUACAUAUGGACAAUCAAUAACUUCAGCUUCUGUAGAGAAGAGAUGGGAGAAGUGUUAAAAAGUUCCACAUUCUCAGCAGGAGCAAACGACAAACUCAAAUGGUGUUUACGAGUGAAUCCUAAAGGAUUAGAUGAAGAAAGCAAAGACUAUUUAUCUCUUUAUUUAUUAUUAGUGUCAUGUAACAAAAGUGAAGUUAGAGCAAAGUUCAAAUUUUCAAUACUGAAUGCCAAAAGAGAAGAAACAAAGGCGAUGGAAAGCCAAAGAGCUUACCGCUUUGUACAAGGAAAGGACUGGGGAUUUAAAAAGUUUAUAAGGAGGGACUUUUUAAUGGAUGAAGCCAACGGUCUCUUACCAGAUGAUAAACUAACAAUAUUUUGUGAGGUGUCGGUGGUCGGUGACACAGUGAAUGUUUCCGGUCAGUCAAACUGUACCCCAGUCAAAGUCCCCGAGUGUAAGCUCAGUGAUGACCUGGGGGUCCUGUUUGAGAGAUCCUCGUUUAGUGACGUCACUCUCUACUUAGGAGGAAGGGAGUUCUCAGCACACAAAGCAGUGUUGGCAGCACGAUCUCCUGUGUUCAAUGCAAUGUUCGAACAUGAGAUGGAAGAGAGCAAAAAAAAUCGUGUAGAUAUAACAGAUGUAGACCAUGAAGUUAUGCGAGAGAUGCUUCGUUUUAUAUACACGGGGAGAGCUCCAAACUUAGACAGAAUGGCAGAUGAUCUACUAGCAGCAGCGGAUAAGUACGCCUUAGACCGAUUGAAGGUGAUGUGUGAGGAAGCGUUAUGUUCCAGUCUCUGGAUUGACAACGUAUGUGAGGUCUUAGUGUUAGCAGAUUUACACAGCGCUGAUCAGCUUAAAACUCAUGCCAUUGAUUUCAUCAACAGUCAUGCUACAGAUGUAAUGGAAACCCCUGGUUGGAAAACUCUGAUACGGAAUCAUCCCCAUCUCAUUGCCGAUGCGUUUCGUGCCCUGGCCAGUCAACAAAGCCCGCCCCUUGGACCCCAACGCAAACGCCUCAAGACAUCAUAGUCCUAGUCAUUCAUCGCAACACUUGUGACACAGAAAAGCUUACAAAUACAGAUCUGUUUUGUACACGAGUAAUGGAACAGUGGAAGAAAUUGUUGACUUCUGUGUUGUUCCACCUGACCAUAUCCAGUGUAGAUGUUAGUGCUAGUGACCACAGAGACUGGCAGGGCUUUUCUGUGAUAGAAGACAUUUUUUUCCAGACAUUGAGGUUGUGUGGCAGACUGCAUAAUUGCAAGUGACUUACUUCAUGAAGACAAAGUUUGCAAAGUUCUUUCAAAGGACAAACCCCCUUUCAUUUUUUAGUGGAUUAUGAAAAGUGAACUUACUGUAAAAUAUUGGCAAAUAAGGGUCAGUUCAAGCAUCAUUAUAGUAAUUUAUUGCAUGUAUCUCCAACUUUUUCGUCGUGUGAACCAGUUAUUGUUAAAAAGUACAGUGUAAAUACAGUGGCAUGCAAAAAUGUUUUUUGUAUAUUUUUUCUAUUGGUUUUCCAGGUCUCUUGUUCUUGCUGUAUAACCAAUAGAUUGACUAUAAUUUAAAAUUUAUUGUAAAAGUGCUUUCCUCUUUUAAUUCUAUUUUUGGUAUCAUUUUGAUGUGCCAGUGAAUAUUUUAAUUUGGAACACUCAUGUGAAUUCUUAUCUUUCAUUAUGUUUCGUUAGAAACAAUUAUUUAAUAUACAUGUAAUAAACGACAUUUUUUGUAUGUCCAAUG